AUGCUGGAGUUCGCCUACAGAUACGUCACCACCAUCCUGGAGGACACCAAGAUCUACUGGAGCCAUGCCAAGAGGUCGAGCGUGGACGCGGAGAACAUGCAGCUGGUGAUCCAGUGCCUCACUGACCAGUCCUUCAUAUCGCCCACGCCCUGCGACUUCCUGCUGGACAUUGCUCACCAGAAGAACCGGAUGCUGCUGCCACUGAUCAAGCCAUACUCAGGCCCGCCUGACUGCCCCCAACUACCGCCUGAAAUCCCUGCAGAAGAGGCGCAGGCUGUGUCGGUGUCAGCCAAGGUGGGAGCGCCGGCAUCACUGGCAGGGCAGCGCUUCACUUUCCAGAUCCCGUCCUCACAGCCCGCUGGGAAAUCAGCCACUCCCACUAUGCAGAAGGUCCUGAUCAACCCAUCCCUGAUUGGCCCCAAGAACAUCCUGAUCACCAUCAACACGGUCUCGCCCAGCACCGCCGACCCCAACCCACUCAAGAGGAAACACGAGGACGAUGACGACUACAACGCCUUGUGA